UGAGCCUAUACAUGUCGGCGAAUUAUUACCAAUGACUUCAAAAGAUGCUCGUCUAGUUGAAUCGUUCAAAAAAGCCUUCGAUGAUCCUAAAUUCUGUGACUUAUUUAUUGUGGUGGAAGGCAAAACAAUUCCAGUUCAUAAAUCGAUAUUAGCCGUACGAUGUGAACAUUUCACCGAAGUAUUUCAGAAAGAUGGGUCAAUUGAGAAACCGAGCGUUCUAGAAAUUGAAGACGGUGAUUUCAAAGUCUACAAAGCUUUCCUCAAAUACGUUUACACGGAUGAAAUCGAUGAUACGCUAUCCUUCAACGAAAUUAUAGAAUUACUCAACUUGUCGAAUAAAUAUGGCAUGAAAUCAUUAGCUGAGCGUUGUGUAUCAAUGGUUCAAACCGGUAUUACCGUUGAUAAUGUCGUAUCUCUGUACGAACGUAUAAUUGAGAUGAGUAAAGUAACGAAAAUGAAAAAUGUUUUCGAUCAGUUUAAGGAAUCCUGUGUGAAAUUCGCCGCUGACAAUUUUUUCGCGAUGGGAGUUUCUGACGAAUUUGCUCAGUUGAAUGUGAAUAUGUUUAAAGAAUUAGUCUUGGAAGUUUGUAAACGGAAAUUUAAGCAAUAAAAAUGUAGGUUUCUAUUCAUUAUCGAAAUUAUAGCCUUUAGGUACUCUUUCACAUCUGCUUAUCAGCU